AUGGCGACCGCCCAAACCGAAUUCCCCCCGCCAAAGGUCCUCACGUACCCCGCGUCAGCCCCGCCAACGCUAAUCACCCAGGGCGCCGAAGGCCGCCUUUACAAGACGACGCACCUGCUCCCCGACCGGCCGUGCGCGCUCAAAUACCGCCCGCCAAAACCUUACCGGCACCCAAUACUCGAUGCCCGCCUGACCAAGGCGCGCCUCUCGUCCGAGGCAAAGGUCCUCGAGAGGUGCCGGCGCGAGGGCGUGCCUGUCCCGGCCGUGUACGCCAUGGACCCGGCCGCGGGGUGGAUGAUGAUGGAGUGGAUCGAGGGGAUACCCGUGCGGAUGGGCAUCAACGAGUGGCUUGGUGAGAGGUCUGACGGCGAAGAAGAAGAGGGAGCAGCGGCGGCGGUGGAAACGGACUCUGCUCGACAAGAAGAAGCGGACGAGACGACGACGACGCCGCUCGUUGACCUGAUGAAGAGGAUCGGCGCGGCGGUGGGCGCGCUGCACCGGACCGGGGUGGUACACGGGGACUUGACGACGAGCAACAUGAUGCUUAGGCCGCCGCCGAGUCAAGGCGGUCAGGUCGACGGGGGCACUGCUGGGGAAGAGAAGGAGGACAAGGCCAAGGUGCUCGAGGGGGAUGUGGUGCUGAUCGAUUUUGGGCUUGCGACGCAGAGCAUGUCAGACGAGGACCGGGCCGUGGAUCUCUACGUUCUGGAGAGGGCGUUUGCCAGCACCCACCCAAGGGCCGAGAGGCUCUUUGCUACUGUUCUCGCAUCGUACAAGGACACGUUCAAGAAGGCAUCCUCAGUGUUAGUCAAACUGGCGGACGUGAGGAUGCGCGGGCGGAAGAGGAGUAUGCUAGGAUAG